AUGGAUUCAAAAAUAUGGAAUAAAAAGAGGUUUUUACUUAGUGGAUUUGAAGAUAAUGAGUAUAAUCUAAUCAAAAAAAAAUAUAUCGAGAAAAAUGGAGGUAAAGUUUUGGAAAUAAAUAGUGACAUUACAGAUGAUGAUGUGGAUUAUUUAGUAUGUAACUAUUCAAAGGGAUACAAACAUAGGCAUUCAAACAUAGAUUAUCAAAAAUUAAGGACCCCAUUUUGGAUAUGGUUAUCUGUAAAUGACGAAUGGAAUUAUUCAUUAGGAUGGCAUCCUUUUUUCAGGCCAAAUGGUAACUUUACAUAUGGUAUUUUGAAAGGAUUCCAGAUAUACCUUAUAGGUUAUAGUAGGACAAUGAAAGGAUUCCAAGAUAGAGAAAAAAGUCCAAGAUAUAUACGCAAGAUAAAUGAUAUUGGUAUUUUAGUAUCAUUUAUUGAAGCACAAAUGGGAGGAAAAGUCAUUUUUGAUGAUAAUGAAAAUGAUAAUGACGAUUACAAUAAGUUAAGCAUAGUUAAGAGUGUAAAAAGUGUCACAAAGUUGGCACUUGUUUGCAAUAAAGAAGAAGUAGGAGAGUUGAUCAAUACAGUUAAAGAAAAAAAUAAAAUUCAAACAGUGGUGAAUUUAGAGUGGCUAUUUGAUUGUUAUGAUGAAGGAAGAAUAGUGAGUUAUAGAAAAUAUAUAUAUCAUGGCAGUAAAGAAGAACUUAAAUCGAAAAUAAGUAUGGAAAUGGAAAAAGAAAGGGAGGAUAUUGGAAAUAUAUUUAAGAUAAUAAUAUCUCAUCAAGUAUAUUUGAAUCAUAACGAAAUGUAUUAUACAAUGAAAAAAUUUAGCAAUAAUGAAGAUAUAGAGAUUGGACGUACGAGCAAGGAGGUGGUAAAGUAUAUUCAAAAUGAUGAGGAAAAUCAUUCACUAAAAUGGGAUAAAGAAACAAUUUUGGUAUUAAUUUUUAAUGAUUCAAUAGAGGAACAGGAUUUUUGGUAUGAUUUGAUGAAUGCAUUAGAGGAGAAUGUAGUAUUUAAUAUAAAGUUAGCAUCAAAAGAGAAGAAAAAUUAUAUAUUAAAAUACUUACAAAGAAUGAGAAUAAUCAAUGAUCCGGAAAACUUAUUUAAUAAAUUAAUAAAUUGUGUGGAUAGUAUUAUACCAUUAAUAACUAAAUUAGCUUCAAAAGUUGGAUGUUCUAUUCCUUCAUAUAUUAGCGAUUUUCUCACAUCAGAAAGUGAGUUUUUGGAUACUGUUUUAAAGUUCACAGAUUUUGAAAAUAUUACUGGUUUGAGUGGUUUUAUUGAGUAUUCAAAUGAUAAUCCAAUAGAUAUUGUGAACUUGAAUAGAUCAAAAGCUAUAAAAAGAUUUGAUGGUUUUGAGAAAGAAUUUUCUACUAAGAAAUUUAGUUGA